UAUGAAACACGAGUGGAGGAGAACAGAGUGAAUGUAGAAAUACUGAGAGUCUCUGUUGUUGACCUUGAUGAACCUGGUUCACCCGGCUCAGGAGCAGUGUAUGAAAUUAUAAGAGGAAAUGAUGAUCAGUCCUUUGAAAUCACAACAGACAGAAACACAAAUGAAGGAAUACUGUGUGUUGUAAAGGGACUGGACUAUGAAAGUGCCAAGCAAAGGGUUCUCGUGAUUGCAGUGAACAACGAGGCACCCUACAUGCUGGCACCCCACUCCCAGCAGCUUUCCCAGAGCACCAGCUCUGUAACAGUGCACGUCCUGGAUGUGGAUGAGGGGCCAGUGUUCAAACCCUGCCUGCUACGCAUCAACGUUAAAGAGUGCGAGGAGAUUGGGACGAGUAUUGGGAGGUACCUGGCAGAAGAUCCAGAAAAUGGAAAUAGUGAAGGCAUAAGGUACCGGAUACCACCUGGCCAGUGUAAUUGGAUCAACAUAGAUGAAAGAUCAGGUGAAGUCAGAACCAUUAAAGUCUUGGACAGGGAUGUGGGAGAGAUGAGAAGAGGUCAAUGCAACAUCACAGUCCUGGCGAUAGACAGAAAUGGCAAAACAGGCACUGGGACGAUCCAGGUUUGCAUCCAGCCUGGCAACAAGAAUUACCCCAGGAUCACUAAGACGGAUUAUAUCAUGUGCAGGGACCACAAACCCAUCUGCCUGACUGCCCAGGACGGGGACGAGGCUCCCUACGGCACCCCCUUCACCUACCGCAUCACCGACCGCAGCCUGGCCGCCUCCUGGAAGAUCACCGAGCACAACGAUGAUUCUGUGUAUCUUGCCCCAAGGAAUGAUAUUCCCUUUGGAAUAUACAGAAUUCCUAUACAGGUGACUGAUAAUGGAGGAAAGGUAGGAGAGAACUACGUGACAGUGAACGUCUGUGAUUGCGUUACUCCAACCGAAUGCAACGGGAGGACCCGGGAGCUUGCUGGUGGAAAUGUUACCCUUGGCAUUUGGGCCAUCCUUGCCAUGAUCUUAGGGUCCCUGUUACUCUUGUUAAUCCUGAUCACAAUUUGUGGCUGCUGUGGCUCUGGGGCAAUGCAGAGGCAUGUGACUGAUGAUUGUGCCAAUCACAAUCUAAUAAUUUCAAAUACUGAAGCUCCAGGAGAAGAAGUGAUG